AUGACAUGCUACUACCGCAACGGCACCCACGCCGAAGACGACACCCCCUGCCCAAACGCCAACACCUGCUGCCCCUCCAGCGCAACAUGCACCGACAACCUCCUCUGCCGCGACAAGAACAAUCACGCCAACGGCUCGCUGACCAACUUCCCCGACGGACACGCAUACAAUUACACGGGGCUGUACUAUACCCCCUCCUGCCAGGACAAGAGCUACAAGGGCUGUUCUGUAGCUUGUACGACGUAUGAUUCGUAUCGCGGGCAGUAUAUCUGGGCGUGUAACGCCGCGCUGACGAGGUACUGUUGUCAUGAUGAUGAGCGGAGUUUGAGUCAGAGAGAUUGUUGCGAGGGUGGGACGUUUGAGCUGGCGGUGCCGGAGAGUUCGGCUUUGCCCUCUGCCUCUGCCUCUGCCUCUGCGUCUACGAGUGCGAGUUCGACUUCGACGUUGGCUGGGGCACCGUCGGGGUCAGUUUCUGCUUCGGCUACGGCAGCAACAGGAACAAAAAGCCUGUCAACAGGCGCAAAGGCAGGCAUUGCGGUUGGCGCGGCAGGAGCGGGAAUUAUCAUCAUCGUGCUGAUCGCACUGCUACUCAGGGCACGGAGAGGUGCAGCCAAGGCCAAGGCCCUAGAGCAAAGUCAAAGUGAAAAGAAUACAUUCCGGACAGGUGGAGCCAGAGCGAGACGAGCGGAACUCGAGGCACGGGCAGACGCACCACCGAGCGAGCUGUCUGCGAAGCCGGCACGGAGCCGCUUCGAACUGGCAUCUUGA